AUGGCCGACCCUACCACUGAACCGCUCGCGACCGUCACCGAGACUGAAGACAUGCCCAGAACGAAAGAGAAGAUGGGAGAGCUGUCGCAGGCUGCUUCUAUCCACUACUCGACUAAGAACUACGACGCCGCUGCCGAGCACUACGCCGAUGCCGUCGAGAUCCAAGCUGAACUCAACGGCGAGAUGGCGCCUGAGAACGCCGAGCUCCUCUUCUACUACGGGCGCGCGCUCUACAGGUCGGCAGUCGCCAAGAGCGAUGUGCUAGGCAACAAGGUGGCAAAAGAGGAGAAGAAGAAGCCAAAGGCAAAAAAGGCCGCGAAAGCUGAGGCGGGUGAAGGUGCAAGCGCCGCAAAGCCUGAGCAGAAGGAGAAGCCAGUAGGCGAGACGCCAUUCUUCCAGCUUCAGGGCGAUGAGAACUGGACCGAUUCCGAGGAUGAAGAUGACGACAUGCAGGAUGGCGAGGAAGAGGAGGACGAUGACGACCUCGGAAACGCGUACGAGAUCUUCGAGCUAGCCCGCGUCCUGUAUGAGAGGCAAUUAGACGCCCCAGAAGGAGACGCUUCAGACAAGGGCAAAGGCAAGGCGGAGCUGAGCCCGAAGGCGCGCGUCAUCAAGGAGCGCAUCGCCGACUGCCACGGUUUCCUCGUCGAGAUCUCGCUCGAGAACGAACGAUUUCACGACGCCAUAUCCGACGCCCGCAAAGCGCUUGCACUACAAGAGGAAAUAUACCCCUUCGAGCACGAGAAUGUCACAGAGGCACACUACUCGCUAUCCCUCGCGCUCGAAUUCGCAUCCGUUUCGAAAGUACGGGAAGACCAGACUGGACAAACGACCGAUGCGUCCGCUAAGCAGGAACAAGGAAAGGAAGACGAGGAUGGCAUAAACUGGGACCUGCGGAACGAGGCUGCUGAACAGACAGAUCUCGCCAUCAAAAGUCUGGAAGCGCGCCUGAAGAAGGAGGAGGCAGCACUCGGUUCCGACACGUUGAAGCCAGAGCAGAAGAAGGAGAAGCAAGUCAUCAUCGAAGACAAAAAGGGCAUGCUCGAGGAUCUCAAGACCCGUCUUGUAGACCUGAAGUCAGAUCCGAACAAGCAGGAGUUCGACAGCAUCGACUCGUCGGUGUUCAAGGGACUGCUAGGUGGGCUUCUGGGAGCAGACGCAGCAACGCAAAAAGCAAAGAUUGCGGAAGCUACCAAGAGCGCAAACGAUGUUUCGGGCAUGGUGAAGAAGAAGGUCAAGGCGCCUGCACCGGCAGCUUUAGGGUCAAACGAUGCUGGCAGCAGCAAGAGAAAGUUGGAAGUCGAUGAUGGCGGUGCGGAGGGAAAGCGGGCGAAGACUGAGGAGCCUGCGUAA